AUGAGACACAGUAAAUACACAGCCCGGCCUCACAAACAAAGGGCAAGCCUCAUUCAUCCAGCCGCCAAACCCCAUGAUCUAGCUGGAUGGAUUAAUCCAGCCGCUAAACCCAAUGAUCUAGCUGGAUGGAUUAAUCCAGCCGCCAAACCCCAUGAUCUAGCUGGAUGGAUUAAUCCAGCCGCUAAACCCAAUGAUCUAGCUGGAUGGAUUAAUCCAGCCGCUAAACCCAAUGAUCUAGCUGGAUGGAUUAAUCCAGCCGCCAAACCCCAUGAUCUAGCUGGAUGGAUUAAUCCAGCCGCUAAACCCAAUGAUCUAGCUGGAUGGAUUAAUCCAGCCGCUAAACCCAAUGAUCUAGCUGGAUGGAUUAAUCCAGCCGCCAAACCCCAUGAUCUAGCUGGAUGGAUUAAUCCAGCCGCUAAACCCAAUGAUCUAGCUGGAUGGAUUAAUCCAGCCGCUAAACCCAAUGAUCUAGCUGGAUGGAUUAAUCCAGCCGCUAAACCCAAUGAUCUAGCUGGAUGGAUUAAUCCAGCCGCUAAACCCAAUGAUCUAGCUGGAUGGAUUAAUCCAGCCGCUAAACCCAAUGAUCUAGCUGGAUGGAUUAAUCCAGCCGUAUAA